AUGACUGAGAAAGUGUCCACAGACCAGUAUGGGAGAAAAACCUGGAAUGUCGACUUGUACGCAGAAGAGGCUAAAAACAAAAAUAAGCGGAAAGAGCCUUCAAAGGAGAGUAUAUUGGCCGUGGAAGGGCUUAAAAGCGAAAGCUACAACGAACAUAGAGCACAACUAAUAGAAAGUUCUGUUCUGGCAGUUCAAAAGCACACUUUAAUCAAUGCUGAGGCGGACCCUACGGCAACUUAUGGCAAAAAUAAGAGAUUUGGUUUUUUUUGUCCCAUAUGUGACUUGUCUUUCCGAGACACUUUAGCCUUGGUGGACCACAUCAACUCUCCUCAGCAUUCUAAAAGGGCAAAGGCUUUAGCUAGUGCGAGCGGCGCUUCUGAUGAAAAUGAAGACAUAGGAGGGGUGAAACGCGCCAGUGCCCAAGAGGUUGCAGAGAAGAUAGAAGAGCUUGUGAAGAAACUGAUACGAGACAGAUCGUCAGACAGGAACUUGGGUUCAAUUCAAGAACGGAUCCAAAAACGGCAAGAGUUUGAAGAAAACAAGCUUCGCAAGCGAAGAGAGAAAAAGUUAAGAAAAAGAGCUAACAAGGUUGAAAUCUCUGACGAGGUUGGAAACAGCGAAUUGCAAAACGCUAUGGGUUUUCAAGGAUUUGGCACUACGAAAGUAUAA